UUUUUCAACAAGAUAAUGACCAUGGUAGCCAACUUGUGUGCUGAACUUGAGGAAACUCCUUCAGGAUUGUGGGAGAAGCAUUUCAGGUGUCUAUGCCUGCAAGCUGGUGUCACGUCCUGCUCGCCAUGUCUGCCUGACCCUCCUGUCCAAGGUUUUGAUGUAAGGUUACAAGAAAAGUGUUGGUGUCCAGUGAUGGACAGGAUGGAUAUGCUGCAAGUCUCUGCCACAAGAAGGGAAGCCGCAGGAGACACUACAGAAGUGGUGGGCUUCAGCAAACCCCUGCAUCGCUUCAUGAGGGUGGAUCCCAAGAGCAUCGGGGUCGUGAUGCUCUUCCUGGGAGGCACGCAGUUCAUAACAGGGAUUCCAAUGAAGCGUGAUAUCACAAGGAACUCCACAAACAUCUACAGCUCAUUCUGGCUGGGGAUCCUGUUCAGCAUUUGUGGUAUUAUUUACAUCAUUUCUGAAAAGAGAGUGUCCAAAAAAAUGGUAACAGCAAGCAUGGCCAUCAGCAUCAUCUCCACCCUUGGUGCCAUCAAGGCCUUUAUGGACUACGUACACUACAUGAUCCGUCUGCUGUACUUUUCCCUUUAUGACCACUACGACGAGGACAGCUACGAGUCAUACAAUGCGACAGAGCACAUGACAGAGCAUGUCACAGAGAGCCCAACUCCCACCAGGAACAGCGAGACAUUGUGGCUGCAGUAUCACAGGAACCAGGUGUCCUGCAUGGAGGGUAUCUGGCUCCUUCACUGCUUUGUGGGCGGCGUGAUCCUGAUCGUGAUGACGGCGUUUUCCAGAGCCGCUCUGAGGUCCACCAAAACACAGGCGACUGUCAUAAUGUACAAUCGACCAUCAGCGUAAGUCUGGGCAGCAAGCAAAAAACCUAGUAUACGUGAAUUAAUUAAAAAACAGCACUAUAAUGAUUCACAUUCUACAGCUAGCGCUCUGUAAAGUGCAGAUAUAGCAAUGUUAUAGCACUAAAUAAAAAUAUACUGAAAAGCAACAUUCAAAACAGAAGCACAGGUUCCUCCUAAGAUAUAAAGGUAUACCUUAUUGUAAGUGCAAUUACUGGCUGUCAGGUAUUUAGCACUAAUUUUUCAGUGUCAAAUGUGGAACUAGAAUUAAUUUUUGCCAUUUUAUUGUGACCCUGUCAUAUUGUAUCUUUGAAUUAGUAGUGGGAGUCAUAACCUGUAACGUAUCUUAGUUUACCAAUCACCAGAUAUACAAAAUAUAUAAAAACAACAGGUACUUUGGAUUAAAUCUCAAUCUUGUUCCUGUUGAAUAAAAAGAUUCUUCUUGUUUGAGACUUUCUGCAAACAUGUAUCUGUAAGAAAUGUAUUAUGUUAUACUAAAUUUGCUAGCAAACCAUAA